AGUCAAAGCAGGUGAGAUCAGAAUCCUGAUGACACCACAACUACUGUAGCACGAUGUCCACAGUCCCUCUCUACCCUGCAGACCCUUCCGAAUAUUCUCCGCAGUGAGGGAGAUCAACUGUUACUGCCAGUUUUUUUCUAAAUUUGCAAUAAACCGCAGCAUAGUUCAGUAUUGUCCCUCAUUCUUUAGCACGUUCAAGAGCAGGUGGACAGUGUACAAUCCCUUCUGCAGCGCUCCUGCUGCUAGUGCUUGUUAGCGCAGCGUGUUGUGGGUGUCGUGUGUGUGAUCUGCAUGAGGAAUGCCGUCAGUGGUGUGGUGAAACCCUUAUGUUGAGGUGUUUAUGAGCUGUGUGUUGCUCUUGGGGAGUUUUGCAGGUGAGCUGAGCUGUUCAGAGCUAUGCUGGUAAUAAACUCUGUGUGAACAGCGAGGAAGACGUGGCUUCAGCUCUGCACAGUGCUGGUCUAGAGUUGAGAAACCUAUAGGCGUGAGCUGUGUAGAUGAGCUGGGGGUGUUUCUAUGGUUGUGUGUGUGUGAGUUCCUCCAGCACUGACAGGAGCAGCUCUGGUCUUCUGCAGUAAUUAGGCUGCAGCUCAGGUGGACACCUCUGUCUCCUCGGGGAGCUUUCUGUGGGUUUUCAGGUUCGUGGCGGCUCCCACGGGGCAGUAGAGGCUUUAUAUUCCAGCGGUGUGGGAGAUGGACUUCAGAAAGCCUUGAAGACUCUUCAGAAAGUUUGCACUGUUGUGUCGUCUGUACUGUCGUGUGGUCUGGACCUCUAUGGACCUGUGUGUCACCAUCAAAGGCGUCUCCUUCCUGCUGCAGGCUGGUCUGGGGAUACUGGCCAACGCACUGGUUCUGCUGGCGUAUGCCCACAUCCGUCUGGCGGAGGCGCGACUGCAGCCUGUGGAUGCCAUCCUGUGCCACCUGGCGCUGGUGGACUUGCUGCUGCUGCUGACUCGCGGUGUCCCGCAGACUAUGACUGUGUUUGGCAUGAGGAACCUCCUGGACGACACGGGCUGUAAGGUGGUGAUCUACACGUACCGUAUCGCCCGAGCGCUGUCCGUCUGCAUCACCUGCAUGCUGAGCGUGUUCCAGGCAGUGACGGUGGCGCCCGCGGCAGGACCGCUGCUAUCCGGGGUGAAGGCCCGGCUCCCACAGCUGCUCGCGCCUACAUUUGCAGCACUGUGGUUCAUCAAUAUGGCCGUCUGCAUAGCUGCCCCAUUCUUCUCAGUGGCCCCUCGCAACGGCACCGUCCCACCAUUCACGCUCAACCUGGGCUUCUGCCAUGUGGACUUCCAUGAUAACCUGUCGUACGUGCUGAACGGGGUGGCCGUGUCGGUGCGGGACUUUGCCUUUGUGGGGGCGAUGCUGGCCUCCAGCGGCUUUAUCCUGCUGCUGCUCCACCGGCACCGCAGGCAGGUGCGGGCUGUCCGCCGUUCUCAGGGGUCCACCAUGGAGACACGGGCCGCCAGGACGGUGCUGAUGCUGGUAAUUCUGUACUCCGUGUUUUUCGGCAUCGAUAACGUGAUCUGGAUC